GUGUAUAUCUCACAAGAAUUGAAGAAUAUGUCUAGUACCUCUCAAGUAAUCUUCUUUUGCAGUUUCUUUUUGUUACAGUUCUUUGAAGAACUUGUUGAACUGCCCUCUUCCGAGGACAUUGCGGAGUGUGUCAAAGAGCAGGACCAGAGGCGUGAAGAACUGCACUCCAAGCGGGAACAGAGAGUUGAAGCAGCCCAAGAAAAGCAGAAGGCUGAGUACAGGAACAGGAAAGCAAGAGGAGUGAAGACCUUCAGCUUCUCUGUAGGGAUGAAGGUUCUUAAAAGAAACCUUCGCAAUGAGACUCGGAAGGGUGGGAUAAUGGAGCAGAAGUGGACUGGUCCAUACAAAGUCCUUGACAUCGACUCCUCAAACCGUGUGGCACUUGAGGCUGUGAGCAAUGGGAAGAAGCUCAAGAGCCGUACUCCAUACAACAACCUGAGGCCAUUCCUCCAGAGCCAGUUGCACUGUGACAGUAAAGUGGAGCCAGGGAAGUUAGUAGUGGCCACAUUGAGGCAGAUGAGGGAUGGCUACACAAAUGACGAUGCACACACCUUCCCCGAGGGCGUUCCCGGUGUGCAGCAUAAGAACACGGCUGAGGUUUACCCUACCCGCCAGAUGAGAUGUGUCAGUUUUACCGGCGGGGGGGCUUUUAGAGGGGUCAGCGGAAAUAGGUAG